CGCUCGAUCUUUGAGUUGCACCAGGGUGAACUUCUCACAAGGCAGAACAGAAUGUAUCUCGACCGGAUGCUCCCCGAACCCGAGAUGGGCCCUACAAUGAUGCUUGAGAAUCAACAGUGCCACUACGUGCCACAUCAGCAGAAAGAGCCACGUAGGAUGUUUCAUUGCCCCGUGUCGGGUCCAUCAAGCCCGGUGUCGGUAGAGUCUGAAUCCAGCUGCUCAAGCCCGGAAGCGAAAGCGCCCGUGGAAACUCGAGUGAGACGUCCUCUAAAUGCUUUCAUCAUCUGGACCAAAGAGGAGCGCAGACGCCUAGCGCAACUAAACCCUGACCUGGAGAACACUGACCUCAGUAAAAUACUUGGUAAGACAUGGAAGACCAUGUCUCUGGCAGAGAAGCGUCCUUACAUGCAAGAAGCAGAAAGACUACGAAUCCAACAUACCAUUGACUAUCCCAACUACAAAUACCGGCCCCGUCGACGAAAAUGCAACAAGCGUGGUAGCAAGAUGGCUUCAAGUGAGACUGUCAGUUCUCCAAAUGCCUCUUUUCACCUUAGAUAUAUGUUACAAGGUCAAGUCGCACAGAAACCAUACAAUCAAAUAAACUCCUAUAAGCUCCCACACAGUGGGUUUUCAUUUGAAAACCACUCUUCAUCAUACCACUUUGAAGCAACAUCAUCAACUGGAAACAUGAUGUUCCAUGGUGGUGCAACAUUACUGAACUCUUCUUCUGUACAUCUACCUCUGGCGACUUACUCAGAGUCGAUGUUGUAUUCACAGCAUUCUAUGCAGCAGAAUGGGGUGGAACUCUGUGAUCGAUGGGGAAUGGAGGUAUGUGCAUGUGUACUGUGUAUGGGUGGACCUUCUCUGGAGUUCUACCUAGAACAAGUGAGAUCAGACAUGUUGGACCAGCUUGACCGCAGUGAAUUUGACCAGUACCUCAAUCCAGCACAGCCGGUGGACCACAACAAUGAGUGAUCCUAAACAUAAACUUUGAAUACUGCCAUCCAGAGACUUCAGUGGUGAAAGUUUAUUUUCUACUGCAAGUGCAAUGAAUUCUUACUGUGAGACAGUGGAUAUUGUGUGUGGAAAUUAAAUAGUGUUCAUAUGUAAUGCAAAUGUUGCUGUUCAUGCAGUGUUUAACUUUAGUUCAUUGUGUAUUUAUAGAUAUUAUUAUUGUUUUUUUUAUUUUUAUUAUUAUUAUUAUAUUUUUUUUUUACUUUAGAAAAAGUUAGCUUUUAGGAUGAUAUAAAUAAAAUAUGUCAAUAUGGGAUGAAGUGCGUC